CUUAAGUUUCCUUAAGAAUUCUUAGCUGAGAAUUUAUCUUAAGUAGCAAUCCACCAAGCCACUAAGCAUAAAUCUUAGCUGAGAUAUUUUAAAAUUCUUAGAAUUUUCUUAGUGAGAAACGCAUGGGAUUAUGGGAUACAAAUUUAUGCUAAGAAUAUUCUUAGAUGACGUAUUGGAAAUCCCCGUAUCUAUUAAUAGCAUAGUUGAACUCUCCUCGCGUGGAGAUAGAAAAAAACUUACGCAGACGACAACAAUCAGAAUGGAGAAGAAAAGUGUCAGAAAACCCAACUGGACGGCCGAACAGACGUUGUACUUAACUCGCCUUGUUGAGGAAAACAAGGCUGUGUUACUCGGCAAGUUUGGACCGGGUGUGACAUCUGCGCGAAAGAAGGAAAUUUGGACGCAUAUUACUAAGCAGAUCAAUGCCACCUUCACAGGAUGUAUCAGGACAAAUGACGAAGUGGAGAAAAAGUGGCAUAAUACCCAGUCGAAGUCCAAGUCUGAAAUUGCAGCAUAUAAGAAAGGGGCUGUAUCUACAGGUGGUGGGCCGUCACCUUGUCCACUUUUAACUGAAACAGCAGAAGUCGUGUGGGACAAACUUGGGAAGGACAAUGUGUCCAUAUGAGGAAUACCAGAUUCAAUGGACUCAACUCUACUGCAGAUAAAUGAGUCUACUCAGUCAAGGUUUGUCAAAACAUUCAGCUUUACUGUAUGUCAUUAGAUAAUUCCUUCAAUAAAAUUGGUUGCAUCACAUUCCAAAUAUUGAUAACAAAUUUUA